GGCUGGAAGAGAAAGAGAACCGUGGACCGCGGCAAACGGCGUUCGCGCGACGAGACCGGCCGGCCGGCCGGCCGUCCCGGCGCGCUGCUGUGAUAGUGCAGUGCAGUGCAGCUGCACUGCCUCCUGCGGUACUGGCGCGCCGUGCUGGGUGCGUGUCCUGUGGCGAGUGUCGCGUCCACGGAAAGGAAAACACUAGAAAGACGUGCCGCCCCUCUCCGACCGCUUCUCUUGUUGGUGGCUCUCUGCCUCUGCAUGCAACAUGUGGUGGCGGCACUCUCUCGCGUGGCAUGGCAGUCAGUGCCGCCCCCCCAGCUCCCCUCUGCGGCAGUCCUGCACGUACGUAGGCUGUCCUCCGGUCGUUUGAAAAGCGGUUCAAGCAAUGGAAGAGGACCGCGUCAGGACUCAGGCAUCAACAGCUGCUGCUGCUGCUCGCGUUGAGAGGCCUGUGAAGCUGCUGCUGCUGCUCGCGCCAAGCCAUCCCACAUGCACCACACCUGCUCGACGGAACCUCUCAAAGGCGGCACAUUUACCAGCUCCCGGAAGGGGCGAGGCGAAGGUAUUCAUGCCAAACCAGGCCGGUGCAGAGGCAGCAGGCUGCGUCAAGCGACUUAUCGGCACCAAUCCCCCCGUGGAUGAUGAAUCUGGUUCUGAUCGAUCCAGUCCACACGAAUUGGUGCCUGGAUCUUGCGCCGCGAUACCUCAUUAUUUGGGCGCCACUGCCAGUUUGCAUCACCGUGCCUUUUCCCCGGCAAAAUGCUAUGGGUGGCAGCAUCCUCUGGGCUCUGGCGGCCUGCCCGCGUACGUGCCUGCCACAAGCCCACAAGGCUUAGCUCUCUCUCGACUCCGCGAGGCAACGCCUGUCAGAUCAGAUGCCACAUUGAGCCAUGUUGAUGGACAGGUUUAUUUCACAGAACAGGACUGUUUCUGACAAAUCUGGCACCCAAAUAGUCGAAGGGAGGGUUAGGUCAUACACUCAUACUCGCUCCAUAUUUUUUUUAUCUGACGUUUGUAGUUUUUUUUAUAUUGUUUCACGUCAAAAUAAAAAGAUGGAGGUAGUACAAAA